UGGGUAUAAUUUUUAAAAAAAAAAUUAAAAAGAAAAAAAAAAAAUCAAUUACUGUAUUUUGAUUUAACAAAAUUUCGAACAAAUUUUGCUGCGUAAAGUACGAGUGUCAAAAAUUGGGUUGGAUCCACCAAAAUCAAAAGUAUUUCCAGAGUGUUAAUUAUAGUAUCAUCUUCCUUCUCAAUCUGAUCAUGGUUGUAUAUUCCAGACUUCACACCUGAGCUCUCACCUUUCUUCUUUCUCUCUCCUCCCGAUCUUCCGCAACAUUAUUGCCGAUUUCCUAGAUCUCAAUUAUUUCCAGGGUUUUGUGAUGAAUUUGAUGUUAAAUUGUCGAAUUUUGUGAUCGAAUCGAAGUUAGGAAGAUGGAUUGGUGGGGGAAAAGUGUGUCGUUGGGAAACUUGGAUUUUUCUGGAGCUGUGAAUAAGCUUCAAGAGAGUGUCAAGAAUAUUGAGAAGAAUUUUGAUAGUGCUCUUGGUUUGGAAGAUAAGCCUCAGUCUGGCGAUGAAGUUUCUGGAGAACAAUCUUCUUCUAGCAAUAGAACUGCAUUAUUCAAUCCUGUUAUGGCAUUUAUGGGUCAUAGAGGAGAGGAAAAUGCAGAUGAGGCUGAUGACAGUGAAGUUUCGCAUGACGAGGCAAGUGGAGAGAGUAAAGAUGGUUUUCCAGAGAUUUCAGAAAGCACUCAGGAUCCCUCUAUAGUUGAGGAGAAGAAAGAUGAUGUACCUGAUACAGAUGUUAAGCCUGCUGCAGAGUCAGUGCUUCCUGCUGAUGAAGAGGGGGAAGUGAAAGAGCAAAGAGAUAAUGUAGCAUCUGAAGCUGUAGAUGAGGUGGUCACUUUGGCAAAGGAUUCUGAUGAAGUCAAAGCUGAUGCACAGGAGCCUGCUACCUCACCUAAACAAACAAUCCAGGAUGCUGGGAUAACAAAUUCUAAUAAACAGCUUGAUGAGGAAGGGGUAGCUGAGGGGGUAUCCCCAGAACAUUCAGAAUUAGCAGAAAGUAAUCUAGCUGAUCAAGUGCAACAACUACCUAUUGAUAAUGUAAUUACUAGGGAAGCUAGUGAUGGUGUAGAGACAAAAGAAAGCGGGCAAGAGCUCGCUGUGGACAGAGAUAUCCCUAAACAAGAGGAAGUGUCAAUUGAUACUGGAAAUCUGAUUGAGCACUUGCAAACUGAUGAUAGUAUUGGCAUUGCUGAAUCUGAAAGUCCUACUGAAUCAGUCAAUGAUAGCGCAUCUGCUGAACUUCCAAGUAAUGCAAUCCAGGGAAUUGUUUCUGGUCAAGCUACUGAGGAAAGUGAUUCACAUGAUACAACUAUUGAAGAGUCAAAGCAAUUCAAAGAAGAUGAAAAUGCUAAGGUUGAUAGACCUGUCUCAGUGGCCAAUGUGUCUGACUCUGCUGAUGCUGUCCUUGAGCUAGAAAAGGUGAAGAAGGACAUGAAAAUGAUGGAAGCUGCAUUGCAGGGAGCUGCUCGACAGGCUCAAACUAAAGCCGAUGAAAUUGCGAGGUUAAUGGGUGAAAAUGAACAGUUAAAAUCUGUCUUGGAAGAUUUAAGGCGGAAAUCCAAUGAUGCAGAAGUUGAGUCUUUGCGUGAGGAAUAUCAUCAAAGGGUUGCAACUCUUGAACGUAAGGUUUAUGCUCUAACCAAGGAAAGGGAUACAUUACGACGAGAGCAGAACAAGAGAAGUGAUGCUGCUGCUCUUUUGAAGGAAAAAGAUGAAAUUAUAACUCAAGUCAUGGCUGAGGGGGAAGAGCUUUCAAAGAAGCAAGCCGCUCAAGAAGCUCAAAUGAGAAAAUUAAGGGCUCAGAUUAGAGAAUUGGAUGAAGAGAAGAAGGCAUUGGUUACGAAGUUACAGCUUGAAGAAAAUAAAGUGGAGAGUAUAAAGAAAGACAAGGCUGCAACUGAGAAGUUGCUCCAAGAAACGAUUGAAAAGCACCAAGCAGAGCUUGCAGGUCAAAAGGAAUAUUAUACAAAUGCUUUGAAUGCAGCAAAAGAGGCUGAAUCGUUGGCAGAGUCACGGGCCAAUAAUGAAGCCCGGACUGAGUUGGAGGGACGUCUAAGGGAAGCCGAGGAACGAGAAACAAUGCUUGUCCAAGCGCUCGAGGAAUUAAGACAGACAUUAAGCAAUCAGGAGCAGCAGGCAAUUGCGAAGGAAGACAUGUUACGCAGAGAUAUUGAGGACCUUCAGAAACGAUACCAAGAAAGUGAGCGCCGGUGUGAGGAGCUUGUUUCACAACUACCUGAGUCCACUAGGCCUCUCCUGCGACAAAUUGAAGCUAUGCAGGAGACGUCUGCUCGCAAGGCUGAAGCUUGGGCAGCUGUAGAGAGAACUCUUCAAUCUCGGCUUCAGGAAGCAGAAGCUAAAGCUGCUUCUGCGGAGGAAAGAGAGCGAUCAAUAAAUGAGCGUUUAUCACAAACUCUUUCCCGGAUCAAUGUUCUUGAAGCUCAGAUUUCAUGCCUCAGAGCAGAGCAGACACAGCUUAAUAAGUCUCUUGAAAAAGAAAGACAAAGAGCAGCUGAAAAUCGGCAAGAAUACCUUGCUGCAAAGGAAAUAGCAGAUACUCAUGAAGGUCGUGCAAAACAGCUUGAAGAAGAGAUCAAGGAACUUAAGAGAAAAUACAAAAAUGAGUUGCAAGAAGCCCUUACCCACAGGGAACUUCUACAGCAGGAGUUAGAUCGGGAAAAGGCAGCUAGAUUAGAUUUGGAAAAGGCUGCUCAUGUACAGUCUUCUUCUGCGUCAGAUCAAAGUCCAACAAUGAAGAACAAAUCGACACUUGAAAAUGGGAACUUAACACGUAAACUUUCAAGCGCCAGCAGUGUGGGUAAUAUGGAAGAAAGCUUCUUCUUGCAAGCUUCUCUAGACUCUUCCUCCUCUUUCCUAGACCGGAGAAAUUCUGGAGAGGCUAUCAUGAGUCCUUAUUACUUGAAGAGCAUGACACCUAGUGCCUUUGAAGCCGCCCUUCGACAAAAGGAGGGAGAACUUGCAUCAUAUAUGUCUCGCCUGGCUUCAUUGGAAUCUAUACGGGACUCACUUGCUGAAGAACUAGUUAAAAUGACUGAGCAGUGUGAGAAAUUGCGGAGUGAAGCUUCUAUGUUGCCCAGCAUACGGGCAGAGCUAGAGUCUCUGAGAAGGAGACAUACUGCCGCUCUAGAGCUGAUGGGUGAACGUGAUGAGGAGCUGGAAGAACUUCGUGCUGAUAUCGUGGACUUGAAAGAAAUGUACAGAGAACAAGUCAACUUACUUGUCAACAAGAUUCAGAUGUUAAGUCCACAAAUGGGUGUUGCAUGAUCAUUUCAACCAGUGUCUGUAUCAAGCUUUUCAUCCAUGGGAAUUUAGUAUCAAUCUCACAACUCGCCAAAUUACUGCAAGUCCAAGCAUUUCAAUUUAUCUGAGUGUUUCAGGAAGAAUCUACGUCCUCGCUUGAUUAGAAACUGUAUUGAUGUAUACUAACUGUUACCCUUAGGAAUUCAAUACUAGUCACUUGUAGCAUAAUUCCAACUAAUUUGGAAGAGAUUUUGUGAGAAUUGGGGUGUUGUAUUGUAUAGCAUGAAUACCAUAAGGAUUGGACUUUAUAUUUUUUGGGGGGUAUUACUCAAUUGUAUCUAAUUAUGCAAAACUGUUACAUCUUCAUUAUUUUCAUUACUCAUAAAGUGAAAGGUUAACUUCAUUCUUUCAGUAAA